AUGAUGUCGAAACUUGAAGAUGCAACAGAUUUGAUGGGAGAGCUUAUUGAUCUUGUUUCUGAUAAAACUUAUGGAGACUCCUUCGCGAGUUUUGUCUUCAAGACUGGGCAAGUUUCACAAUUGAUUGAAGCCCUGGCGCUAGAAAUCAAAGAUCAGGCUGGGGCGAAAGAUUGGAUGGGAAAGGUGAAGGAACAUUGGGGAAUCGUUCAGAAAUCAGUUUCACAGAUCGAUUCUUCGGAUUCUGCAAAUGAAAAUCCGUGCACUAUUCAGGAGCUUUUUCAACAAAGAUCACCGGCUGCUGUUGAAGCUAUGAAAGAGGCGAAGAAAGAAAUGGAUCGGGUGAGACAGGAAAUCGAAGAUUUUUUUGCCAACAAGUAUAAAACUGAUAAAUCUUUUCAUGAAGAUCAGUUUUCUCCCUCGUAUUCUUCGGAUUCUGCAAAUGAAAAUCCGUGCACUAUUCAGGAGCUUUUUCAACAAAGAUCACCGGCUGCUGUUGAAGCUAUGAAAGAGGCGAAGAAAGAAAUGGAUCGGGUGAGACAGGAAAUCGAAGAUUUUUUUGCCAACAAGACGACGAAUUCCAUCAAGUUUUCUGUUGGAAGGAGAGUUAAUGAGGGCUUGUACAAUUUGCGCCGUUUUUUCUGA